GUUUUAGGAGUUUUGAGCGAUCAUCACCUCCAUCAUGACCACGACUGCGAAUUGCUCAGAAAUCUUGGAGAAGACGCCUACAGAACGAAGCUCCUGGUUGGCUACACCAGGGCGAUGCCCAACGCCUCCAUGCACCACGUGGUCAACCUCACCGACAUAUCCCUGCGCGCGGCAAAGCGGUGCUGCGUUGCCGGGGCAACGGAGGCGGCGGAGGGAGCCUGCUUCGACGCGGAGCUGCACUUGCACUUUGACCAAAUCUGCGUGCGAGCGAGCGAGCCCAGCGGGACUUCCGCGGCCCUGCUGCACUGCUGCACCCUCGAUCAGGUGGAGGCGAGGGAUCGCUGCCUCGCCGGGCUGCCGAGAUCUCACGACGGCGACCUCGAGGUGGCGGGGGUCGGGGCGGGGUCAAAGCCUCCACCGCCUCAGGCGCCGCCGGAGUUCAAGGGGGACAUCUGCAAGGAGCACGCCGAGGAGAACGCACGGCUCUAUGAUUGGCUCGUGUGGGAGUUUUCACUUCGCUACCCACUGACGUCGCUCAGCCUGCCGGUGAUGCUGGCCGGCGGCUACAUCACAGGGGUGACCACCUGCUGCCUGGUGGAGCAAGAGCAUACAGCAUGCCUGGCGGCCCUGGAUGAAGAAUUUAAGAACAAAGUGGCUCACAAGAUAUUCAAAGCGAAGAAGCAAUGUCAACUCCUCAAGUCAAUGGAAAAACACGACUUUCAAGACAUGAUUCUUGUUGUGGUCUCGCAACAAUCCCCGUCUCUCUCCGUGGAUGAGUCAAAGCGGAUCGCCCUCAGGGUGGAGAACUCUACGAGGAACUGCUGCCUCAAACAUGCGGAUGGAUUCUGUCUCUACACAAAAUCCGCCAUCCAUGACGAGAUUUGCCUGGACAAGGGAAUCCUCUCUCAUCACCCGCGGCUUGCACAAUGCUGCCGCAGUUUGGGAUCUCCUAGGCUCAGGUGUUCACAGGGAGUCACCGAAAAGUUCCACUCCAUCCUCGACACCUCCUCGCUGCUGUCGCUGGAGGAACAGUGCCGGUUCAGCCACGAUCAGCCGGAGGAGAUGCACGAUAG